AUGGGGCGUGGGAAGGUGGAGAUGAAGAGGAUCGAGAACAAGGUGAGCCGGCAGGUGACCUUCUCCAAGCGGCGCAAGGGACUGCUCAAGAAAGCCGAGGAGCUCGCCGUGCUCUGCGACGUGGACGUCGGCGUUAUCGUCUUCUCCGAACGCGGCAAGCUGUUCGACUACUCCUCGCCGGCCAGCUUGGUUGAUCUGAUUCACCGGUACGAGGCGGUCACCAACACGCAACUCUUCCAUCAGGAGGCACACUGCACUGACCAUCAGCAGCAGAUGGCCGCGGAGAUCAGCAAGCUGCAGCAUGAGUACCAACAGCUUGAGGCCCGCUUGAAGACGUACACGGGAGAAGACCUGUCGUCUCUGACUUCAGUGGUCGAACUCGGCGAGCUCGAACAGCAGCUCGAGUCGGUCGUCGGUAGAGUCCGUGCAAGAAAGGAUGAGCUGUUCAUCAACCUGACCGACGAGCUUCAGCUCAAGAUCGAUGAGAACGGGCGCCACGACGGCACAGCCGCCGCAGGCGUGGAGGCGGAGGAGACAACGACGAUGGCGGAGCCGCCGCUGCCACAGUCGCCGUCAUUCGCGUACCUCCUGGCUGUGGAGGAGAAGUCGGCGGCGAGCACAAUGCUACGUCUGUGGCCGCAGACGGACGAGGACGCCGACGCCGACGCCGACGCCGACGGUGGGAGUUCCAGUCGACGCGGUCUUCAGCUGUGGUAA